UACUCAGUCUCUUAAAAUUUGCGCGGUCUAUUUAAAUGGAGGCAUUUAAACUUUAAAGUUUGUACUGCUUUAAACAGUAAAAAGAACGAGUCUCAGCUUCUUAUGUACUCGCAAGUUGCACCGCCAGAAAGCAUUUCUUUCACGGAAGAUGAAGAAAGAGAUGUUCGUGAAAAUCUUUGUGAACAAGGAAAGGAGAGUUUGACAGAUAAACAUUUGAAAGAGAAGCCCUCCAAUGUUGCAGCAGAGAAAUGGCUGAAAUUUCAAAAGUUAAAAGAAAGACGGCAAGAAAUGUGCAAAGCAUUGCCUGAAAAGACAAGACGGAAACGGCCGAGGAAGACCAUCAAUGAUGAUGAUGCAUGCAGUUCACAAACAGUAAAGAAAUCCACCAGGGAAAUACUGAAAGACAACAGAGAACCUUGGAGUGAGCUUUCCUCAAAUAUCGAUGCUAAUAUUCAUUUAAAUCAAGAUAGUACUUCAAAACAAAAAUCAAAGUCAAAGCUGGAAGAGAGACUAGAUGAAGCCCUGAUGGAGGGUAAUUUCUCUGAAGCAGAAAAAUUAAGUGAUGAGAUAUCUGAACAAGAACUGAGUGUAAAGAUUGCAGAUGCCAUUGAAGUAAGAGAAUACAAGAAACAAAAAGAACUUGAAGAAAAACUGAAAAAAUCUAAAAAGAAGAAGAAAUUGCUUUGGGGAUUUGAACAGAAAGAGAAGUGGGAGAGUAAAGGAAAUAUGUGAAGAGAUAUAUCUAAAGUUCCGUAUUAAAAAAACUUCAAACGUACGUGAUGUGGAUCUUAGUUGUUCUUUAAACAUUGAACAGAAUUGAUUUUUUCCGUGUGUCUACGUGCGAGUGAAGCUCCACGAAGCAGCGUCUUUGGAUCAAGCGAUUAGAAAGAAACCAUAGUGACGGAAAUAAAACAAGAAAUAUUUGACAAGAUAUUUGACAGCACGAGAGCUCGAGAGAGAAAGACUUUGUUGUAUUAUUCAGACUUGCAUAAAAUUUCUUGUUACUGAUCUCAGAAUGGAUUUUACCCGUCUUAAAAUGGCUGUAUUUUAAUAAAGUGAAAGAAGCCAUUAUGAUUCCGUGGGUUUGUGUCUGUCUGUCAUUAUGAUUAACGGCAAACGAUGUUGACCAUUACUAGCCCACGUGAACAGCACUUAAACUUCACGUGCAGCCAAUGUGAUAGAACACUUUCUAGAUAAAAUUGUACAUACACGUGAGCGGUAAAAAAAAAAAUUUAUUUAAUGACACAUAAGUUAAGCAGUUUAAAACGCAAUUCCCUACCUACGCAUCCUAAAAGC